UGAAGUUUAUCAAGCCCCAAUCAAUUCUUCGUCUUUAGCUCUUCUGUGUUAGCUCGUAUCAACCAACAGGUGAGGUGAUCGUUGGGGAUUUGAGUUAACAUUCGAUUAUUUGAUCAUCCAACAGGUAUUUCGAUCCCACACACAUGUUUUCGGUUUUUUUCUUGGGUUCAAGAGGCACAAUCAUCCAUCGUUCCAAUGAGUUCUCUAUCUAGCCCUCGGCAAAUCAAUUGACUAGAUACUUACACUUGCAGGUGCAGCAGGGUGAAUGUGAUGAUGGUGGACGGCUUAGAAGCUCGUAUAGCGAUGGGUAUGUAUAUGGGUAUUCAUAAUCUGACUACUCUUCGCUCAGCUCCCUCUUUCAUGCGCACGAAGCUCCGAGCCAAACCUAGUGCUGCCCUUAUUGCUUCUUCUUCUCGGACAGAAGGUCGAACAGUUGGUGGGUUGCUGUUGCAACCAAAGCAUGACCUAAACGAAGUAAAUGGACAUGAUGAUACUGUUAAUAAUAUCAUCAUCAAGAAGAAGAAAAGGGUGUUCUUUUUGGAUGUAAACCCAAUCUGUUAUGAUGGUAGCACCCCGAGUUUACACUCUUUUGCUCACUGGAUUUUCCUUUUCUUCUCCGAAGUCAGCCUUACAGACCCUGUUAUUGUCAGAAGUAGAAGAAGUGCACUGGAAUCUUCAGUUGAUUGCUAAGCUGUUGUAGUAUUUUAUCCAUAUGUUUUAGUUGAUUUCAGCAAUAGU